UUCAGGUUUUUAUGAGCCAAAGAAAAAAAAAAAGCUUUCUUCAACAACAACAAAUUCGCCGGGAAAAAGGAUGACGACGACGGAGACGCAAGCGGCGUUGUCUAUGGAGUCGUUACCUCUAGGUUUCAGAUUUAGACCAACGGAUGAAGAACUCAUCAAUCAUUACCUGAGGUUGAAAAUCAACGGCCGUGAUUUGGAAGUACGAGUCAUCCCGGAAAUCGAUGUUUGCAAGUGGGAGCCAUGGGACUUACCUGGGCUUUCGGUGAUAAAGACGGAUGAUCAGGAGUGGUUUUUCUUCUGUCCUCGUGACCGGAAGUAUCCGAGUGGCCACCGCUCAAAUAGAGCCACUGACAUUGGAUACUGGAAAGCUACUGGGAAAGAUCGAACUAUCAAGUCGAAGAAGAUGAUUAUUGGUAUGAAGAAGACACUUGUCUUCUAUCGUGGUCGAGCUCCUAGAGGUGAGCGUACAAACUGGAUUAUGCACGAGUAUCGUGCCACUGAUAAGGACCUUGACGGCACUGGACCUGGCCAGAAUCCGUAUGUUUUGUGUCGCUUGUUCCACAAGCCUAAUGAUAGCUGUGAUGUUGCAAACUGUGAUGAAGUAGAGAAUGUCAAUUCCACUCCCACCGCCACUAGAUGCUCUCCUGAUGACACAUCUUCUGAUAUGGUCCAAGAAACAGCUACAUCUCAUGUACAUGCUCAAAAUAAAUCAGAUGACACUGCGAAUUGUCCAAGCGACAAGGGUAGCGAUGUGAAACCUGAGGAUCCAGUGAUUAAAACAGAGAAAUCUGUCGAUCACGGUGAAACUUCUCGUGCCAAAGACCGUAAUUUGGGCAAAAGCCUAGCAGCGGAAAAUGCAAAUGUAAGGGACUUUGCGACCCUUUGUGGACCCAGCUCUACUCAAAACUGUGACCAAGCAUAUUAUCCAGAUCAAUCAAGCAUUGGUUUUGCUGCAUCACACAUGGAUUCGAUGUAUUCUAGCGAUUUUGGAAACCAUGAUUUUGGAAACUGUGAUUAUGGGCUACAUUUUCAAGAUGGUGCCGCCUUAAAAGACGAUGAAUCCUUGCAAGAUGUCUUGGAUGAGGUAUUCCAUAUCAAUAAUCAAUCCUCUAGUGAAAGGAAAGACUUUACGCUUCCAAAUAUGAUGCAUUGGCCUGGAAAUCCAAAACUGCUCUCUACAGAGUAUCCGUUUCCCAAAGACACCGACGCUUUUGGUAACGGCCCACAGCACUUUGUUCCUGACACUAUAGCUUCCAGAUGGGUCAGUAAUCACCACGUUGAUAGCAAGGAGGGAGUAGACAUGCAAUCUUCAUCCGGGUCUUCUCGAACCUUGACGCCACUUCACAGCAACGUUUUAGGGCAGUAUGCUUCAGCAUCUUACGCAGCUAUGGAUCCAUUUAACUCCAAUGUCAAUCAGCGUGAUCAGUCAUCUUUUGAGCAAAACCCUGUUGACCGUAACAUUAGUCCCAGCGACAUUUCUGGGUUCAAUGCUAGGUCUCAGGAGAAUCAGACGGAUCUGGACUCUGUUGUGAACCAAGGAACUGCUCCUAGAAGAAUUCGGUUGCAAAUCGAACAGCCGAGAAAUGCAGACACUUAUGAAGAAGAUGAAGUACAAUCAGCCAUGUCCAAGGUCAUAGAGGAGCACGAGAAAUGCUUCCUUGACAGAGAUAAGACAAGAGCACAAGGACAUGAAAGCCUGUCGGAAUCAGCUAAUAUAAGGACUCAGGGAACUGCUCAUCGGAGAAUCCGCCUGCAGACGAGACUGCAGAAGCUUCCCAUAAACCCUAGGGACUCAAAAUGCAAUGAAGAAGAAGAAGCAAACCAUAGCAAGUGCGAGAUGCAGGAAAAGGAAGAUGUAUCAUCAUCAUCAUGGCAGAAACAGAAGAAGCUAAUGAGGAGCUUGGUGCAGUGUAGUACUAUGGUGAUAGUAAUGGCGGUGAUAGUUGUUUUAGUAGGAAUAUGGAAAGAGUCAACAGAUGCCAAAUGUAGCUUCUUGUUUCAUCAAUUGGAUUCCUUCAAAGGCAUGUUUACUUGAUGAUAUAUAGCGUCAUUCUCAAUGUUUUUUUUCUUUUUGUAUAAUCCUUCAUGUUUAGUCUGUUUUUCUUGUAUGUUUUGUUUGUUUGUAGUGUUUGAGUGAUAAAGCCAAA